GCACUUCCGGUUAGUCAUUGACUGCCAACAUGGCGUCGAGCGGAGGACAGGGAGAUCCUGAACCAGAAUUCGACUGGACUUCUGCUGCGAAACCGUUGCUGACUGCCCCAUACACGGCCUUCGAGGCUAAGGAGCUGCCGCAGCUGGUGGGCGCUAUUGUGAACAGUGAAUCGCAGAUUUUACAACAUGAUAAACAGUAUGAACCCUUCUACUCAUCUUUUGUUGCUUUGUCAGCACACUACAUCAGCACUGUUUGUGGACAUAUUCCUCGAAACCAAUUGCUAUCUGUGGUAUCUGCCUGUAAAAUCCUGAUUGAGUUCUUAUUACUCCGGUUGGAGAAUCCAGAUGAGGCAUGUGCUGUGUCACAGAAACACUUGAUACUUUUAAUCAAAGGCUUGUGCACUGGUUGCAGUCGCCUAGACAGAACAGAAAUUAUUACAUUUACUGCAAUGAUGAAGUCGGCCAAGCUGCCUCAGACCCUUAAGACGCUUUCUGAUGUGGAAGACCAGAAGGAGUUGGUCUCUCCAGUUAGCCCAGAGCUGAAGCAGAAGGAAGUGCAGAUGAAUUUUGUCAAUCAACUAACAUCCGUCUUCAGUCCUGAUACAGCACUGCUGUGUAUGCCUUCAGUCCAAACUCAGAUGGAGGUAAAGAGUGAAGAGCAGCUUGCUGCGGACUUGGCUGCACAGGCUAAAAUGAGGAAUGCCUUCACUGCACACAAUGUGACUAGCCUACAGGAGCUGGGUGGCUCAGAGAAGCUUCUGCGUGUGUGCCUGAAUCUUCCUUAUUUCCUGCGAUACAUUAAUCGUUUUCAAGAUGCUGUUUCAGCCAAUUCUUUCUUUAUCAUGCCUGCAACUGUGGCUGAUGCAACUGCUGUCCGAAAUGGGUUUCAUUCAUUAGUCAUUGAUGUGACCAUGGCACUGGAUACAUUAUCCCUUCCUGUACUUGAGCCUUUGACUCCUGGGCGUUUGCUAGAUGUGACGGUACUUGCACUUAGCUGUUUGUAUGCAGGUGUAAGUGUGGCAACCUGCAUGGCUAUUCUACAUGUAGGAAGUGCAUUGCAGUUGCGCACAGCAUCCACCAGCUCAAAAGAGGAUGAUUAUGAGAAUGAUGCAGCUACAAUUGUACAGAAAUGUCUGGAAAUUUAUGAAAUGAUUGGCCAGGCAAUUAGCAGUUCACGGCGUGCAGGGGGACAGCAUUAUCAAAAUUUCCAGCUGCUUGGUGUAUGGUGUCUACUAAACAGCCUCUAUCUGAUCCUUAAUCUGAGCCCAACUAGUCUGGCUGAUAAGGGCAAGGAGAAAGACCCUCUGGCUGCCCUCCGUGUCAGAGAUAUUGCUGCCAGAACAAAAGAUGGAGCUGGCUCUCCAAAGCUUGGGCCUGGAAAAGGACAUCAAGGAUUUGGGGUUCUUGCUGUUGUUCUGGCAAACCAUUCAAUCAAGUUACUCACAUCACUCUUCCAGGAUUUGCAAGUUGAAGCACUUCAUAGGGGUUGGGACAGAGAUGGCCCUCCUGCUGAACUGAACAUUAUGGCCCAGAGCACCUCUAUUCAGCGAGUUCAGAGACUUAUUGACUCUGUCCCACUCACAAACUUGCUGUUUACAUUGCUGUCUACCUCUUACAGAAAGGCUUGUGUCCUUCAGCGCCAAAGGAAGGGCUCUGUUAGUAGUGAUGCUAGUGCCUCGACAGACUCUAACACAUACUAUGAAGAUGAUUUUAGUAGUACAGAAGAAGACAGCAGUCAAGAUGAUGACAGUGAACCUAUUCUUGGUUUGUGGUUUGAAGAGACCAUUUCUCCAAGUAAGGAGAAGGUGGCACCUCCUCCUCCUCCUCCGCCACCCCCUUUGGAAACAUCCCCAAGGCUCAAAAGUCCAAGCAAGCAGAGUGCUGGGGAAAAUGGUAACCUCCUGGCUAGCCGAAAGGACCCUGAGCUGUUUUUAAGUUUAGCUUCCAGCAUUCUGAAUUUUAUCACCACAUCAAUGCUAAAAUCCAGGAAUAAUUUUAUUCGAAACUAUCUGAGUGUAUCAAUCACAGAGCAACAUAUGGCCAUGCUAGCCAGCAUCAUCAAAGAUGUUGACAGAGAUGCCAAAGGGUCAUCUGAUGAUGAGUUUGCAGCUGCAUUGUAUCAUUUCAACCACUCUCUAGUAACGUCUGACUUACCCUCACCUACACUCCAAAGCACUCUGCUGCAGCAGUUGGGGAUUGCUCCAUUUUCCGAAGGGCCCUGGCCAAUGUACAUUCAUCCUCAAAGUCUCUCUGUGCUUUCUAGACUACUGCUACUCUGGCAGCAUAAAGCUAGCACCCAUACAGAAGAUGUACCAGAGUGCAUGAAGGUGUGGGAGAGAUUUGUUGGAACUCUAAAGCAGCAUGCCCUACAAGGAGCUCUUCCUGGAGAUAAUGAAGACCUGAAUGUGGAGCACCUGCAGCUAUUGCUUCUGAUCUUCCACAACUUUUCUGAAAAGGGCCGUCAUGCUGUGAUCACUAUGUGUACACAGGCCAUAUCAGAGGUGGUGGCUCAUUCGGACACUCAGCUGCAGGUUGUGCCUCUCAAUUUAGCACGGCUACUGCUGGUUUUUGAAUACAUGCUUCACCAGUAUUCCAAGCCUCCAUUGUAUCUCUUUGAACAGGUACAGUAUAAUCUCCUGACACCACCUCAAGUGUCAGUGACCUCAAGUCAGGAGAGUAGUCGUCGAAGUACAACUCCACUGUACCAUGGCUUCAAAGAGGUUGAAGAAAACUGGACAAAACACUGUCCAUCAGAUUCCACUCCACAGCCGAAAUUCUACUGUGUCCUCUCUCCAGAGCCAUCUGAAGAUGAUGCAAGUCGCUUAGACUGCCAGAUUUUCCACAUUCUCUUUAAUGGAGCAGUUCAGUAUGACCACUUGUACUCUGCUUUGAUCACUCUACUGUCUGCUGGAUCUCAGUUUGAUACCAUUAGAAGAGAGGAAUCCAAAGCUAUCACUCCACUGGAGGCUUGCUCUCUGCAAUAUUACUUCCUGAUUCUCUGGAGGAUACUUGGUGUCCUUCCUCCUUCCAAGGCAUAUGUUAGUCAGCUGGCUUCUGGCAGCACAGAGCUAAAUGAAUAUGACAUCCUGCAUACAUUGCGUUGGUCUUCUAGGCUGAGAGUGAGCACCUAUGUGGACUGGGUUAAGGAACAUCUAGCAAAACAAGGGAUGAAAUCUGAUGAAGCUGCAUCCUUGAUGGUUCUGGCAUCAAAUAGGUGUAGUGCUGUUAAAUAUGAUGUGGAUUUGGCUGAGGAGUACAUUGCCAAGCAAAUUUCCUCCUUCUGUUGUGUUGAAACCAAUACUAUUCUUCCUCUACAUCGCCUGCCUAACCUGCAGACAAUUUAUACUCUUGAUGCAGUCAUUUCAAAGGUGCAGGUGUCCCUGGAUGAGCACUUCACCAAGGUAGCUGCUGAGACAGACCAUCACAAAUCCUCAGAGAUCAUAAAGAACCUACUUCCUGCAACACUGCAGUUAAUUGACAUAUAUGCAUCUUUUGCCAGGUCUUACUUGCUAAUGAAUCUACCAAAUACGAGUGAAGACAAACCAACAGAUGCGAGGCUGCAAGCCUAUGCUGCAGUGCUUUCUAUGGGAUCAACCCGCUGCAAAGCAAACACAUUGGGUCAGGUUGUGGUACAGAACCUUCCUUCUGCAGUCCAGACCCUAUGUGAAACAUGGAAUAAUAUUCAUACCAACGAGUUUCCCAACAUUGGUUCGUGGCGAAAUGCCUUUGCCAAUGAUACAAUUCCUUCAGAAAGUUACAUAAGUGCCAUCCAGGCUGCUCAUCUGGGGACAUUGAGUAGCCAGAAUUUGCCACUUGCUGCCUCACUAAAGCAUAUAAUGCUAUCUUUGGUCAGAUUGACAGGAGAUCUCACAGUUUGGUGUCCGGAUGAAGUUAAUCACUCUCAGGUGAUACAGACACUAUUGCCGUUGCUUUUGGAGAGCAGUACAGAAAGUGUGGCAGAGAUUGGAAGCACCUCUUUGGAAAGAAUUCUUGGCUCUGCUGAAUCUGAUGACUUUGUGUCACAAGUUUACAAAAAGCUCAUUACUGGCUGUUACAACAUUCUUGCCAACCAUUCUGAUUUGAGCAGUGGUCUUGAUGAAUCUGUCCUUGAAGAGUGCUUGCAGUACCUAGAGAAGCAACUGGAAAGCAGCCAAGCACGCAAGGCCUUGGAGGAAUUUUUUUCAGAAAGUGGGGAGCUUGUUCAGAUUAUGAUGGCCACUGCCAAUGAGAAUUUGUCUGCCAAAUAUUGCAACAGAGUACUGAAGUUCUUCACUAAACUCUUUCAGCUGACUGAGAAGAGUCCAAAUCCUAGUCUUCUAUGCCUCUGUGGGUCUUUGGCCCAGUUGGCCUGUGUAGAGCCACCUCGACUACAAGCCUGGCUAACAAGAAUGACUGCCUCAACACCUAAAGAUUCUGACCAACUGGAAACUGUACAAGAAAACCGUCAGCUGCUUCAGUUGCUUACAACCUAUAUCAUUCGUGAGAACAGCCAAGUGGGAGAAGGUGUGUGCACUGUGCUUCUGAACACACUCAUCCCUAUGGCAAUGGAGAUGCUAUCAAAUGGAGAUGGAGCUGGUUUUCCUGAGCUGAUCAUUGUCAUGGCCACGUUAGCUGGAGCCGGUCAAGGUGCUGGCCAUCUACAGCUUCACCGAGCAGCCUGUGACUGGCUAGCAAAAUGUAAGAAGUACCUGACCCAAAAGAAUGUUGCUGAGAAAGUUAGUGCCAAUGUGACCCAGGGCAAGCACGCUACCAUGCUAGAAUGCACCUGUCACAUCAUCUCCUAUAUGGCUGAUGUGAUGAAUGCUCUCCGACAGAGCAGUGGCCAAGGCUCUUCUCAUGUGCUUGUGGAAGGUGACGAGAAGGCCAUUGAGAUAGAUUCAGAUUGGGUUGAGGAACUGGCUGUAGAAGAGGAGGAUUCUCAAGCAGAGGACUCGGAUGAAGAUUCACUUUGUAAUAAACUAUGUACUUUCACCAUAACACAGAAAGAGUUCAUGAACCAGCACUGGUAUCACUGCCACACUUGUAAGAUGGUGGAUGGUGUUGGUGUCUGUACUGUGUGUGCUAAAGUGUGCCACAAAGACCAUGAAAUUUCCUAUGCAAAAUAUGGCUCCUUUUUCUGUGACUGUGGAGCCAAAGAGGAUGGCAGCUGCCAGGCAUUGGUGAAACGUAGCCCAAGCAGUGGGAUCAGUUCCACGAUGAAGGAGUCGUCUGCUUUUCAAAGUGAGCCACGCAUGCCAGAGAGUGCCAUACGCCAUCAAAGUGCCUCCUCUUCAGAAAAGUCAAAGGUCACUAUCUGUGACGGAAAAAUAGGAGAUGAAGAAAAGCCCAAAAAGAGUAGCCUUUGCAAGAAUAUUGAGGGCUGCCGUGAAGAAUUGCAUGUUCAAGUGUCAUCUUCUUGUACUGCUUCCUUGGUGCUUGAGAUGCUGAACUUCCUCAUGGAUGCCAUUCAGACCAAUUUCCAGCAGGCAUCUGCUGUUGGCAGCAGCAGCCGAGCCCAGCAAGCCCUAAAUGAGUUACACACCAUUGAGAAAACCGUGGAAAUGACUGACCAACUCAUGGUACCCACUCUUGGCUCACAAGAGGGAGCCUUUGAGAAUGUGCGCAUGAAUUACAGUGGAGAUCAGGGCCAAACAAUCCGGCAACUUAUCAGUGCCCAUGUUUUGCGGCGAGUCGCCAUGUGUGUCCUAUCUUCUCCUCACGGAAGGCGCCAACACUUGGCAGUUAGUCAUGAGAAAGGCAAGAUCACAGUACUACAGUUAUCAGCCUUGCUGAAACAGGCAGACUCCAGCAAGAGGAAACUCACACUGACACGGCUAGCAUCUGCACCUGUACCUUUUACUGUGCUCAGUUUAACUGGAAAUCCCUGUAAUGAAGAUUACUUGGCUGUCUGUGGACUGAAGGACUGUCAUGUGCUGACCUUCAGCAGCACAGGCUCCGUGUCGGAUCACCUUGUUCUUCAUCCUCAGCUUGCUACAGGCAACUUCAUCAUCAAAGCUAUAUGGCUACCUGGGUCUCAAACGGAGCUUGCCAUUAUAACAGCAGACUUUGUGAAGAUUUAUGACCUGUCAGUGGAUGCGCUAAGCCCUAUGUACUAUUUCUUGCUGCCAAGUUCCAAAAUUCGGGAUGCUUCCUUUCUGUUUAAUGAAGAAGGAAGAAACAUCAUUGUUAUCAUGUCUUCAGCUGGUUACAUUUAUACUCAGAUUAUGGAAGAGUCGAGCAGUGCACAGCAUGGUCCAUUCUAUGUUACCAAUGUUCUGGAAGUCAACCAUGAGGAUCUAAAGGACAGCAAUGGACAGGUGGCCGGAGGUGGUGUGUCUGUGUAUUUCUCUCAUGUCUUGCAGAUGUUGUUUUUCAGCUAUAGCCAGGGCAAAUCAUUUGCAGCAACUAUGAACAGAAACACUUUAGAGAUGCAGAGCCUUUUUGCCAUUAAUGUUAAAAGUUCAAAUGGAGGCAGUAAAACCUCACCUGCCCUCUGCCAAUGGUCAGAGGUGAUGAACCAUCCUGGACUUGUCUGUUGUGUUCAACAGACUACUGGAGUGCCCUUAGUGAUGAUGGUGAAACCUGACACAUUCCUUAUUCAAGAGAUCAAGACUCUUCCAGCAAAGGCCAAGAUUCAGGACAUGGUUGCUAUUCGUCAUACUGCCAGCAAUGAACAACAGAGAACAACAAUGAUCCUCUUGUGUGAAGAUGGCAGUCUCCGCAUCUACAUGGCCAAUGUUGAUAAUACAUCCUUCUGGUUGCAACCCUCUUUGCAGCCAAGUAGUGUUAUCAGCAUCAUGAAGCCAGUUCGCAAGCGCAAAGCAGCAGCUACAGCUGCCCGCACUUCCACCCAGGUUACCUUCCCAGUUGACUUUUUUGAGCACAACCAGCAGUUGACAGAUGUGGAAUUUGGAGGUAAUGACCUCCUGCAGGUCUACAAUGUCCAACAGAUAAAACACCGUCUCAAUUCUACAGGAAUGUAUGUUGCCAGCACCAAGCCUGGUGGGUUCACAGUAGAAGUGGUAAAUAAUAAUAAUUCAAUGGUGAUGACAGGAAUGAGAGUACAGGUCGGCACUCAAGCCAUUGAAAGAGCUCCUUCGUAUCUGGAAAUCUUUGGCCGCACCAUGCAAAUGAAUCUGACUCGUUCACGCUGGUUUGAUUUUCCGUUUACCCGUGAAGAGGCACUGCAGGCAGACAAGAAGCUGACCAUCUUCAUUGGUGCUUCUGUUGAUCCUGCUGGUGUUACCAUGCUUGACUCUGUUAAAAUAUAUGGCAAAACUAAGGAGCAGUUUGGAUGGCCAGAUGAGCCCCCAGAGGACUUUGCAGCUACUUCAGUGAAUAGUGUCUGUAGUCCAAAUCUCAAUCAAGGAAAUGGCACUUGUGACACUGAUCCUGCAGUGCCAACUGCAACCAGUGGGACUAUUCUGGAAAGGCUAGUGGUGAGCGCCCUUGAGGCACUUGAGAGCUGCUUUGCUUUAGGACCAACAGUUGAAAAGGAAAGGAACAAGGCAUCAGCCCUGGAGUUAGCCACACUGCUUCUUUCUAUUCCUACUCCUCCUGGAGUUCAGCAACAAACAAAGGGUCUACUUGCAAGCCUGCAUACCAGCCGCUCUGCCUAUCACAAUCAUAAGGAUCAAUCACUUUUAAGUAAUGCAGUCCAGUGCCUGAAUAGUUGCAGUAAAGAUGGCAAGGACCUUGAUCCAGAGGUGUUCCAGAGGCUGGUGAUCACAGCUCGUUCCAUUGCCAUUAUGAGGCCAAAUAACUUGGUUCAUUUUACUGAGUCCAAGAUACCACUGCCUCCAGAAGCAGAAUAUUCAGAAGAGGCUAAAGAUGGACAGAAGACAUCUGAGAAUGAAGGCUGUAAUUUUAUCAUGCAACUGAUAACUCAGUUCUGGAAGCUACAUGCUUUGAAGCCCAAGAAUGCCUUUUUGGCACCCGCUUGCUUACCAGGAUUGACCCAUGUUGAGGCCACUGUUAAUGCCCUGGUAGACAUCAUUCAUGGCUAUUGUACAUGUGAGCUGGACUGCAUCAACGCUGCUUCCAAGAUUUACAUGCAGAUGCUUCUAUGUCCAGACACAUCAGUUAGUUUUGCCUGUAAACAGGCUCUGAUAAGAGUUCUGAGACCUCGAAACAAGCGAAGACAUGUGACCUUGCCUUCUCCACCUCGCAGCAACACACCCACAGGAGAUAAAGAUGAUGAUGAUGAGGAUGAUGCAGAUGAUAAGAUGCAGUCCUCUGGAAUAACAGGAAGUGAGAGUGUACGUCAGGAGAGCCAGGAGCAGAAUGAGGUGGACCAUGGAGAUUUUGAGAUGGUGUCGGAGUCCAUGGUGUUAGAAUCUGCAGAGAAUGUCACCAAUGGAAACCCAUCCCCUCUGGAAGCUCUAUUAGCUGGAGCAGAGGGCUUCCCUCCUAUGUUAGACAUUCCCCCAGAUGCUGAUGAUGAAACCAUGGUGGAACUGGCAAUUGCUCUCAGUUUACAGCAAGAUCAGCAAGGUAGCAGUAGCAGUGCACUAGGCCUUCAGAGUCUUGGCCUAUCUGGUCAGGCUCCUAGCUCAUCUUCUCUGGAUGCUGGAACACUCUCAGAUACUACUGCAUCAGCUCCAGCAUCUGAUGAUGAAGGCAGCACAGCAGCUACAGAUGGGUCAACUCUCAGGACAUCACCGGCAGAACAUGCAGGAAGUGCUGGAUCUGAGAGUGGGGGCAGCGCUAUAGAUUCUGUGGCUGGAGAACACAGUGUUUCUGGUCGAAGCAGUGCUUAUGGAGACACAACAGUGGAGGGACAUCCAGCAGGGCCAGGCAGCAUAAGUUCAAGCACUGGUGCCAUCAGUACAACUGCAGGCCAACAGGAGUGUGAAGGGUCAGAAGGUGAAGCUGAGACAGAAGGGGAUGUUCACACGAGCAGUCGGCUUCACAUGGUAAGGUUAAUGUUGCUUGAAAGACUUCUGCAACAUUUGCCACAGCUUCAUAAUGUAGGUGGAGUUCGCGCCAUCCCAUAUAUGCAGGUAAUUUUAAUGUUAACUGCAGACCUAGAUGGAGAGGAUGAAAAAGACAAAGGUGCUUUGGAUGAUUUGCUUUCCCAGCUUAUUUCUGAGCUGGGCAUGCAUAAGAAGGAUGUUUCCAAGAAGAAUGACCGCAGUCCAAUGAAUGAAGUUCAUUUGGUUAUUAUGAGACUACUCAGUGUUUUUAUGUCCCGUACAAAGUCAGGAUCAAAGUCUUCUACUGAAUCUUCAUCAUUGAUCUCUAAUGCCACGGCCACAGCAUUGCUGAGCUUGGGAGCCAUUGAUUACUGCCUUCAAGUAUUGAAAUCUCUGUUAGAAUUUUGGAAGUCACAGCAAGGUGAUGAGGAGCCUGUGACAACCAGCCAACUGUUAAAAACCCACACAUCUUCAUCGCCUCCAGAUAUGAGCCCUUUCUUUCUUCGACAGUAUGUUAAGGGCCAUGCUGCUGAUGUAUUUGAAGCUUAUUCUCAACUUUUGACUGAGAUGGUUCUGCGUCUUCCAUACCAAAUUAAGAAAAUUGCUGAUGCAAACCUACGGAUUCCCCCACCUGUGUUUGACCAUUCUUGGUUCUAUUACUUAUCAGAGUAUUUAAUGAUCCAGCAAACACCUUUUGUUCGUCGUCUACGCAAACUCCUGCUUUUCAUCUGUGGCUCCAAAGAAAAGUACCGGCAACUGAGAGAUCUACACACUGAUUCACAUGUUAGAGGCAUUAAAAAACUACUUGAAGAACAGGCAUCUUCCCUGCGUGGUGGCAUUGUCACAGCGUCAUCAGGCUCAGCUUUACAGUAUGAUACCUUAAUCAGUUUGAUGGAACAUUUGAAAGCAUGUGCUGAAAUUGCAACACAACGUACUGUAAAUUGGCAGAAGUUCUGCAUUAAGGAUGACUCUGUACUGUACUUCUUGCUACAGAUUAGCUUUCUGGUAGAUGAGGGUGUCUCUCCAGUUCUUCUUCAGCUUCUCUCAUGUGCACUGUGUGGCAGCAAAGUCCUGUCUACUGCUGCCUCAUCGGGUUCUACAGUCUCCGGAGGCACGGCAACACAGUCUGGGUCUCAGGGCAAGUCAUCCUCCAGCAAGAAAAGCAAAAAAGAAGAUAAGGAUAAAGAAAAAGAGGCCGAUGGUUCAGGAAGUCAGGAAGACCAGCUAUGCACUGCAUUAGUGAGUCAGCUAAACAAAUUUGCAGAUAAGGAGACCCUGAUCCAAUUUCUGCGUUGUUUUCUGCUGGAGUCUAAUUCCUCUUCAGUGCGCUGGCAGGCCCAUUGUUUGGCACUGCAUAUCUACAGAAACUCCACCAAAUCCCAACAAGAGCUCCUUUUGGAUUUGAUGUGGGCCAUAUGGCCAGAGCUUCCAGCAUAUGGCCGCAAGGCUGCCCAGUUUGUGGAUCUCCUUGGAUAUUUCUCAUUAAAAACUCCCCAGACUGAAAAGAAGCUAAAAGAAUAUUCCCAAAAAGCAGUGGAGAUUCUUCGUACACAAAAUCACAUUCUCACCAACCAUCCAAAUUCUAAUAUCUAUAAUACUUUGUCAGGUCUGGUUGAAUUUGACGGCUAUUAUUUGGAAAGUGACCCCUGCCUUGUCUGUAAUAACCCUGAAGUACCCUUUUCAAAUAUCAAGCUCUCUUCCAUUAAGGUGGAUACACGUUACACCACAACUCAGCAGGUUGUGAAGCUAAUUGGUAGUCAUACUAUCAGCAAGGUUACUGUAAAGAUUGGUGACUUGAAGCGUACCAAAAUGGUACGAACCAUCAACCUAUACUACAAUAACCGUACUGUCCAGGCCAUCGUAGAACUGAAGAACAAGCCUGCUAGAUGGCACAAAGCCAAGAAAGUUCAGCUGACUCCUGGCCAGACAGAGGUAAAAAUUGACCUCCCAUUGCCAAUAGUUGCAUCAAACCUGAUGAUCGAAUUUGCAGAUUUCUAUGAGAAUUAUCAGGCCUCCACAGAGACACUGCAGUGCCCUCGCUGCAGUGCUUCUGUUCCAGCAAAUCCAGGUGUCUGUGGUAACUGUGGAGAAAAUGUCUACCAGUGUCAUAAGUGCAGAUCUAUUAAUUAUGAUGAGAAGGAUCCCUUUCUUUGUAAUGCCUGUGGGUUCUGCAAAUAUGCCCGCUUUGAUUUCAUGCUCUACGCAAAGCCUUGCUGUGCUGUGGAUCCAAUUGAGAAUGAAGAAGACAGAAAGAAGGCUGUAACCAAUAUUAACACACUGCUUGACAAAGCUGACCGUGUAUACCAUCAGCUUAUGGGUCAUCGGCCACAGCUAGAAAGCUUACUCUCCAAAGUGAAUGAAGCAGCACCAGAAAAAGCCCAGGAUGACACUGGAGGAGGAACGGGGAUUGGUACCACCACUACAAGUGUCAACCGGUAUAUUCAGCAGCUUGCACAAGAAUAUUGUGGGGACUGCAAGUCGUCUUUUGAAGAGCUUUCCAAAAUUAUCCAGAAGGUACUUGCUUCCCGGAAAGAGCUACUAGAAUAUGAUUUGCAACAACGUGAGGCUGCUACCAAGUCUUCGCGAACCACAGCACAACCCACUUUCACUGCAAGCCAGUAUCGCUCACUUUCUGUGCUCAGCUGUGGACACACCUCUUCCACCAAAUGCUAUGGCUGUGCCUCAGCUGUCACAGAGCACUGCAUCACUUUGCUUCGUGCCUUGACUACUAAUAGUGCUAUUCGGCAAAUCCUGGUACUGCAAGGCCUCAUCAAAGAAUUGUUCGAGUACAACCUGCGCCGUGGAACAUCUGCCAUGCGAGAGGAGGUGCGCCAGCUGAUGUGCCUGCUUACAAGAGACAACCCUGAAGCAACACAGCAAAUGAAUGACCUCAUCAUUGCUAAAGUUUCUGCUGCUCUUAAAGGCCACUGGGCAAACCCUGACCUGGCCAGUAGUCUUCAAUAUGAAAUGCUGCUUCUUACAGAUUCCAUCGCUAAGGAAGGAGGAUGUUGGGAGCUACGUCUUCGUUGUGCUCUCAGUCUCUUCCUCAUGGCUGUUAACAUCAAGACUCCAGUUGUGGUGGAGAAUAUUACACUAAUGUGUCUGCGAAUCCUGCAGAAACUUAUUAGACCACCUGCACCCACUAGCAAAAAGAACAAAGAUAUUCCUGUUGAAUCCUUGACCACUGUGAAGCCGUACAGCAAUGAAAUCCAUGCCCAGGCUCAGCUGUGGCUGAAGAGAGACCCCAAAGCCUCGUAUGAAGCAUGGAAGAAGUGCCUACCAGCUAGAGGAGCAGAUAGCAGCAGCAAAACCCUAAACAAAGCAGAAGCUCAGAGGCAGUACCUUCUGGAAAAGUAUGUUUGGAAAUGGAAGCAGUUCAUGAGCAAGAGAGGGAAAAGGGUCACUCCACUGGACCUGAAAUUGGGGCACAACAACUGGCUCCGUCAGGUUUUGUUUACCCCAGCAACUCAGGCAGCCCGGCAAGCUGCUUGCACUAUUGUGGAAGCUUUGACCACAAUACCCAGUCGUAAGCAGCAAGUUCUCGAUCUCCUUACCAGCUACUUGGAUGAACUGAGUGUUGCUGGGGAGUGUGCAGCUGAGUACCUUGCACUCUAUCAGAAGCUUAUUAAGCCAGCCCACUGGAAAGUGUAUCUUGCAGCAAGAGGAGUAUUGCCGUAUGUUGGAAAUCUUAUUACCAAAGAAAUUGCCCACUUGUUGGCUCUAGAAGAGGCUACAUUGAGCACUGACCUGCAGCAGGGUUAUGCACUUAAAAGCCUCACAGGUCUUUUGUCAUCAUUUGUUGAAGUGGAGUCAAUCAAACGUCACUUUAAAAGCCGACUUGUAGGAACUGUUUUGAAUGGUUAUCUCUGUCUAAGAAAGUUAGUUGUGCAGAGAACCAAGCUCAUUGAUGAAACUCAAGAUAUGCUAUUGGAGAUGCUAGAGGAUAUGACUACAGGUACUGAAUCUGAAACAAAGGCAUUUAUGGCUGUGUGCAUUGAGACUGCAAAGCGGUACAAUUUGGAUGACUACAGGACACCAGUGUUUAUUUUCGAGCGUUUGUGCAGUAUCAUUUAUCCGGAGGAAAAUGAGGUGACUGAGUUUUUUGUGACUCUGGAGAAGGAUCCCCAGCAAGAAGACUUUCUGCAGGGCCGCAUGCCAGGCAAUCCAUAUAGCAGCAAUGAGCCUGGGAUUGGGCCACUUAUGAGAGAUACAAAGAACAAAAUCUGUCAAGACUGUGACUUGGUGGCUUUGCUGGAGGAUGACAGUGGAAUGGAGCUGCUUGUGAACAAUAAAAUCAUCAGCCUUGAUCUCCCUAUAGCUGAGGUGUACAAGAAAGUUUGGUGUCCAACAAAUGAGGGGGAACCAAUGAGAAUUAUUUACCGCAUGAGGGGCCUCUUGGGUGAUGCCACUGAGGAGUUCAUUGAAUCACUGGACUCCACCACAGAUGAAGAGGAAGAUGAAGAGGAGGUCUACAAAAUGGCUGGUGUAAUGGCUCAGUGUGGAGGACUAGAAUGCAUGCUGAACCGUCUGGCAGGAAUCAAAGACUUUAAACAGGGACGCCACCUGCUCACAGUCUUACUCAAGUUGUUCAGCUAUUGUGUAAAAGUGAAGAUCAACCGUCAGCAACUUGUUAGACCAGAGAUGAACACUCUAAAUGUCAUGUUAGGCACCCUCAACCUGGCUCUAGUGGCUGAACAAGAAAGCAAAGACAGUGGUGGGGCAUCCAUUGCAGAACAAGUCCUCAGUAUCAUGGAGAUUAUUUUGGAUGAAGCUAAUGCAGAGACUGUGUCUGAGGAUAAGGGAAAUCUGCUUUUGACUGGAGACAAAGAGCAACUUGUGAUGCUGCUUGAUCAAAUCAACACCCAGUUUGUACGAUCCAACCCAAGCAUCUUACAGGGCCUCUUGCGGAUUAUUCCUUAUCUGUCCUUUGGAGAAGUUGAGAAAAUGCAGAUUUUGGUUGAGCGGUUUAAACCAUACUGCAGUUUUGACAAGUAUGAUGAAGAACACAAUGCAGAUGAUAAAGUCUUCCUGGACUGUUUCUGUAAAAUUGCAGCAGGCAUAAAGAAUAACAGCAAUGGCCACCAACUGAAGGAUCUGAUCUUGCAGAUGGGGAUUACACAGAAUGCACUGGACUAUAUGAAGAAGCAUAUACCCAGCGCCAAAAACCUUGAUGCUGAUGUGUGGAAGAAGUUUCUGGCCCGACCUGGAUUGCCUUUUAUCCUCCGACUGCUGCGUGGACUAGCAACUCAACACCCACCCUCACAGGUGCUGAUUGGCACAGACUCCAUUACAAACCUCCACAAAUUAGAACAAGUAUCUAGUGAUGAAGGUAUUGGAACAUUAGCUGAAAACUUGCUAGAAGCACUUCGUGAACACCCUGAUGUAAACCUCAAGAUAGAUGCUGCCCGCAGUGAAACACGAGCUGAAAAGAAACGAAUGGCAAUGGCAAUGAGGCAAAAGGCAUUGGGUACAUUGGGAAUGACGACAAAUGAAAAAGGCCAGGUGGUUACAAAGACUUCACUGCUAAAACAAAUGGAGGAACUGAUUGAAGAGCCAGGUCUAACUUGCUGUAUAUGUCGGGAAGGAUACAAGUUUCAGCCUACCAAAGUCCUUGGUAUCUAUACUUUCACUAAGCGUGUAGCUCUGGAUGAAAUGGAAAACAAGCCUCGCAAACAGCAAGGCUACAGUACUGUGUCACACUUUAACAUUGUCCACUAUGACUGCCACCUUGCAGCUGUGAGGCUUGCCCGUGGUAGAGAAGAAUGGGAGAGUGCUGCCUUACAGAAUGCUAACACAAAGUGUAAUGGAUUGCUACCAGUAUGGGGGCCACAUGUUCCUGAGUCAGCCUUUGCUACAUGCUUGGCCAGGCACAACACAUAUCUCCAAGAGUGUACUGGCCAGCGGGAGCCCACAUACCAAUUGAACAUCCAUGACAUCAAGCUACUUUUCCUCCGCUUUGCCAUGGAGCAGUCCUUCAGUGUGGAUACAGGUGGAGGUGGCCGAGAGAGCAACAUCCAUCUUAUCCCUUACAUAAUUCACACAGUCCUCUAUGUUCUUAACACGACACGUACAACUUCCAGAGAGGAAAAGAAUCUGCAAAGCUUCUUGGAGCAGCCUAAAGACAAGUGGGUGGAGAGCUGUUUUGAGGUGGAUGGUCCCCACUACUUUACUGUGUUAGCUCUGCAUAUUUUGCCACCUGAGCUGUGGAAGGCUACACGUAUAGACUUCCUCCGGCGUCUGCUUGUUACUGCGCAUGUCAGGAAGGUGUCACCAACUGGAGCCAACAAACUGACAGAUAAGACAGUCAAGGAGUUUUCUGUUUACCGCUCGCCAUUGCUGUUUUGGGGACUGGUUGAUCUCAUCUACAAAAUGUUUAAGAAAGUACCAACAAGUAACACUGAGGGAGGCUGGUCCUUCUCACUGGCAGAGUACAUCCGGCAUAAUGAUAUGCCCAUUUAUGAAGCCUCUGAGAGGGCUCUGAAGGCUUUCCAGGAGGAGCUUAUGCCAGCUGAAUCAUUCUCUGAAUUCUUGGAUGUUGUUGGGCUAUUGGAAGAAAUUACUGACCCGGACAGUUUCCUCCAAGACCUUCUAAACUCCAUCCCUUGAGUGCCCUCCUUCUAUUCAGUUUUGCACAGUGCAACACUCCCUAGACCUGGCGGCUGCUGUAAACCCCACUUCUGUCCAAAUGGUGCAGCAAAUGAGGCCUUUAGCUUUGGGCGGUGUGGCUUCAGCCUAGAGCCACUUGUUGUGCAUUUGAUGGUCAGUGUUCCUGACCCUCUGUGCUUUCAGCCUGAGCAUUCAUUCUUGGGCUUAUUUGGGUUGGACUUUGUGUCGUGUGUUUCGUCCCACCAAUGUUAACUCUGGAAACUCGAAUGUAGCUGUAUGAACUGAUGCAUUUUUAACUCUGCUCUGACUUCUUCACUUUAACCUUCUGACUGCCAGCUUGUUAACUCUGUUCUUUCUAAUCCAUACUUUUAAAAAUCCUUAAGAAUGCUGUUUUUACAAAUGAAACCUUGCAUUACUUGACUGUAUCUGCACCAUGUCUUUCUUCCCUGCUGAGCUUUAGCCAUGCUCUUAUGGGCCUGCAGUGCAAGGUCUGUAUAGCUCAUAAUGUGCAGCCUCUGUGUGUGCAGAAGCAUGUGUGUUCUGUUUUACUCAAAAGUGACAAGAAUGAACAAUAAAAGAACCAAAACAAGAUGAUAACUCAUUAUAAAAAGUGUCACUUGCAUUCUUUAAACCUUGUCUCAUAUUCUGAGGACAAUGUGCUUUGUGCAGAAUGCAAGCUUCCAGAAUGCAUAAGUGGAAGAGGGAUAGGAAGAGAGCAGUGUUCUCCGGUGUGUGUAUCCCCGUGUGCAGGUGGCAUCAGUCUGUAUGCAGGUCUCAAGUCAGUGUAUGCUCGUCUGUACUGUGAAACAUUAUUGGUGUCUCAUCUAUGCAGGCUAGCAUUGUUGUGCUCUGAAUGUGCAUCUUAUAUGUAGGCUGUGCUCUUCUGUGCGUGUGUGUGUGUGCAUGCUCAUUUGUGAAAUGUCAAUCUCUAGAUAAAAUGUGGGACAAUGUACCUGCAGAUUGCAUCUUCUGGUUAAAUUAUGGUUGGGAGCUCACAAUGUGGUAAGCGAUAUAACUUACAGAAAAUGAAAAUGUAAGAACUUUUUAACUUGCACAUGAUUUGGGGCUUUGUUUGGGUGGACUUAAGAACUUGAACUAAUAAUAAUAAAGCAGAAACAAUCUACUCCUAA